GAAACCCUAAUGUCGUAGUGGGUUUGCCGAACGUGACGUCAGACACAGGAUUCCACGUUGGAAGAUGACUACUGCUGCUCAACUAAAGCUUGACUAAAGUCCUGAAGAAGUCUCAUCCAUGUCAUCGGUAAUUUGAUAGGUUGGUAAUAACACCGACUUACCGAAACGAAAGAUGUCCAGAUCAUUAUUUGUAAUUGUGUUGCUGGCAAGUUUUCUUUGUUGCCAUGCCUUUUAUGUCCCCGGAGUUGCACCAGUAGAAUUCAAAAAAGGAGAUAGUGUUGAAAUAAGAGGAGUAAAAUUAACGAGUAGCAAAACCCAGCUUCCAUAUGAGUACUUUUCAUUGCCAUUCUGUAAGCCCGACAAUAACCUUGAUGUUCACUACAAAACAGAGAAUCUUGGAGAAGUUUUGAGAGGUGAUAGAAUUGUUAACACACCUUAUAAGGUGGAAAUGGCAGAAAACAAAGAGUGUUCAGUCUUGUGCAAGCCACCCUUAGACGCCAAGGCAUCCAAGCUACUUUCACAACGUAUUAAGGAAGAUUAUAAUGUCCACUUGCUGUCUGAUAACUUGCCAAUAGCAACACGGGUUCCUGAGGAUGAUGAAGGGAUUAAGUUCAGUUAUGUUCAUGGCUAUAAACUAGGAUUUACUUUACUUAAAGAGGGCAAAGAUGGAAAGAAAGUUCCUGUGACUUAUAUCAACAACCAUUUGCGACUCAACAUGAAAUACCAUAAAGUAGAUGAAUAUUCAGAUGAGUACAGAGUUGUAGGGUUUGAGGCAGUUGCUCAAAGUCGAAAAUAUGGAGCUGACGGCUUAACUAUUGUAGAAGAUAAGACUUGUUUCAGUGAUAAGAGUAAACCACCAGUGUUCCAAGAAGUUGGAGAUGAAGAAAAUGUUCAAGAUUUCUAUUACACCUUUGAAGUGAACUGGGAGCCAAGUGAUGUGAGGUGGGCAUCUCGCUGGGAUACAUACCUGGCAAUGAGUGAUGUUCAAAUUCACUGGUUUUCUAUCAUCAACUCACUGGUUGUUGUUUUCUUUUUGGCAGGAAUUCUUACAAUGAUAAUCAUCAGGACGCUAAGAAGAGACAUUGCACGUUAUAACAGAGAUGAAGACAUGGAAGACACCAUGGAAGAGACUGGUUGGAAAUUGGUUCAUGGCGACGUAUUUCGUCCUCCAAAGCACAAAAAGCUCCUUUCAUCAAUGGUCGGGGCUGGUAUGCAGGUCUUCUUCAUGUCUUUGAUCACAAUAGUAACUGCUAUGUUUGGUAUGCUGUCACCAAGUAGCCGUGGAUCAUUGCUGACUGCUAGCUUGUUUCUCUUUGUAUUUAUGGGAAUUUUUGCAGGUUACUUCGCUGGAAGACUUUACAAAACAAUCAAAGGAACAACAUGGAAAAGAGCAGCGUUCUUGACUGGUACAGUAUUUCCAGGAGUAUCAUUUGGAGUAGCAUUUAUUCUGAACUUCUUUAUCUGGGGUAAACAUUCAUCAGGAGCUGUACCCUUCACUACAAUGAUUGCACUGCUUUGCAUGUGGUUUGGCAUUUCACUCCCUCUUGUCUACCUUGGAUAUUACUUUGGAUUUAGAAAACAGCCUUAUGAGCACCCUGUGAGGACUAACCAGAUCCCUCGGCAAGUACCUGAACAAGUCUGGUAUCUGAACCCCAUGCUAAGUACAUUGAUGGCUGGUAUACUCCCAUUUGGUGCUGUCUUUAUUGAACUAUUUUUCAUCCUAUCGGCAAUUUGGGAGAAUCAGUUUUACUACCUGUUUGGUUUUCUGUUUCUGGUGUUCAUUAUCUUGAUGGUAUCUUGUGCUCAGAUUGCUAUAGUCAUGGUAUAUUUCCAACUAUGUGGUGAGGACUACCAUUGGUGGUGGCGUUCCUUUAUUGUGUCUGGAGGCUCAGCGUUUUAUGUUUUUCUAUACGCAAUUUUCUAUUUUGUUACAAAGCUGGAGAUCACCCAGUUUGUUCCUGCAUUGCUGUACUUUGGCUACACCUUUAUUAUGGUCUUCACAUUUUGGAUUGUCACAGGCACUAUAGGUUUCUACGCCGCAUAUUGGUUCAUUCGUAAAAUAUAUGCUGCUGUAAAAAUUGAUUGAUUAUGUAUUUCUUGUUCCUGCUCUGCCCAAAAUUAGAAACCUAACUUUUCCACACAAGUGUUGUUUUUCUAAAAACAAUUAUUAGUUAUUUGCUACAGUUUUAUCAUUCAACCUUCAAUUUUUGUGAAGGUAAACUUAAAAUAGCCAAGGAAAAAAAGAUAAUGAUUUUUGUACACUGUUAAUUGCUUAUGAUUUCUUUGAAAGCUGAUGAGAAAUUUAAUAGUCUUCUAUCCUGUCCACAGUAUAAACAGUCUUUACCAGUUGCCUGAGUAACUAAGAAUUAAAGGUUGUAUAUGAAAGCAGGACUAGAGAGAGUAGUCAGGUACAUAUUCCGUAAAAUUUCAUCGUAUGGAUUGAGAUUGACUAAAUUUACAAGCAUACAAAAGGCUUGCAAUUUCAGAUUAGCUAGAUUGAAAAUUGUGGUGAAGGAAAUCAUGGAUAUAUUGAGAGGUUAAAUAGCUGAAUACAAAACUUUAGAUAGAUUACUUAUCAAUAAUAUUUUAUUUACAACAAACAGUUAUUACUUUUUGUUUGUUUCAACCUUUAUUUUCAUCUACACCCUUUUUCUCUUUUGUUGAGCACCUCUAAAUGUUUGCCUUGUACAUUUUAAUUUAUGUCACUGAAUGUGACAGACAUGCAAACACUGAAUAUAUUCUGCCUUAAUAUAAUAGUUAUUCCACUUUUGUUAUUUACUAUCCAAGUAUAAUAAUGUAAGUUCCAAACAUGUGUCUCAUUGCUUUCAUUUUUUUAAACCAAAUUGAUAUUGUUCCCAGGAUUUAAUAUAUUAAAAUAUUGAUUUUAUUUGUGUGUUAAAGUAAUUGAAUUGAGUAGAAUGAUGGCUGGGUCAUCGCUGAUAUACAUUCUAGAUGUCUGGUAUCCAGUGAAUAUGUAGGGGUGUGAAGGAUUUAAAAAAAGCUGGUUUUAUAAAAUUGUUACAUUGUUUUCACUACAAUUAUGGCCUAGCUUUACCUGAUGUAGCUUGGAAGGCUUCUUGCAGAUGCAGUCGGACAGGCUCCCUGAUUUGACCGGCAUAUUGAUGUUACCAACAGCUGUCCACUAUAGCAUGUAGUGUUAGAGAAUCCGGUCUUAAUUUGAUGUCAUUUGCUACAUCAUUGGUGAAUGUGCCAUGAGGAAUACCACAAGAGCUGUCCAAUAGCUUUUAGCGAUUUUAGAGAAUCCGGUCUUAAUUUGAUGCCACUUGCUACAUCAGUGGUGGAUGGUGCCGCGAGUGGAAUACCACAAGAACUGUCCACUAUAACUUUUAGUGAUUUUUGGAGAAUUUGGUCUUAAUUUGAUGCCAUUUGCUACAUCAGUGGUCGAUGGGCCGUAAGUGGACUACAACAUCAGCUGUCCACUAGCGUGUAGCGAUUUUAGCGUCUUUUUUAUUUUGAUGCCGUAUGCUACAUCGGGGGUAGAUGUGAUAUUAGUGGAAUAGUAUGUAUCGUAGCAUGCCAAGGUGGUACCACGUAGCUCCCAUGGUGAUGGUAUGAAUGGCAUUACCCUUAAAACUUCUGAUGGUAGAGUUGUAAGAAUGGAACCUGGACCCCAAACUGAGGUUUAUUAGGAAGGGAACCUUAAUAGCUUUUCUAUACUGAUGGUAGAGUUGUUGGUAAAUUCCUUAAUAGCUACUCUACUUAUUGAAAUGUGAUUUGUUAUCUCAAUGAUUUUACUAAUUAUAGAACUCUGUAGCUCCAAUUUCGUGAAAUAGUUGCGAUGUAUAAUUUUAAGUUUAUAAGUAAGGUUAGAUGAUGUAUAGAGGUAAACACAAACCUAACUUUAAUCAUAUAAGUAACUGAUUUGUACAUAUUUUUUUCUAUACAAUUACUUCUGAACUAAUAAAUAAAUGAAAUAAUGAUAUUUUUGUACAGUA